AACUGAGAGGAGAAUGUUGAACAGCUCGCUCGCAGCUAUGAACACCACGGCGGAACCGCCGUCUUCUCGUCCGCUCACCAUCCCGGCGAUCAUGUUUAUUUUCGGGGUGCUUGGAAAUGUCAUCGCCAUCGUGGUUCUGCGCCUCUCGCGGAAGGAGCAGAAGGAAACAACCUUUUACACUCUCGUGUGCGGGCUGGCGGUGACAGACCUCCUGGGCACCGUUCUGGCCAGCCCCGUCACCCUCGCCACCUACGUAAAUGGCUCCUGGCCGGGAGGAGAGCCCCUGUGCCAAUACUCCGGCUUCAUCCUACUCUACUUCUUCUUGGUACAACUUAGCAUCGUGUUCACCAUGUCCGUGGAAAGGUUCCUGGCAAUAAAUCAUGCUUACUUUUACAACGAGUUUGUCAACCAGAGACUUGCGGCGCUGACGCUCUUUGCCGUGUACGUGACGAGCCUCGUGUUUUGCGCGCUGCCCAUCGCGGGCAUAGGACAGGUGAAGCUCCAAGCGCCGGGGACCUGGUGCUUCAUCGACUGGCAGAGCAACAACACCACAGUGAGAACUUUCAACCUGAUCUACGCGGGGGUGAACUCGGUGAUCGUGCUGGCCACAGUCUUCUGCAACGUGAUGGUGUGCGGAGCGCUGAUCCUGAUGCACAGGCGCUUCAUCCGCCGCACCUCUUUGGGCACGGACCCGCGGCGCAUCGCGGAGCUCCGGCGCAGGCGGAGCUUCAGACGGUUAGCCGGAGCGGAAAUCCAGAUGGUGGUCGUGCUCAUCGGAACCUCCGCCGUGGUUCUCAUCUGCUCGAUACCUUUAGUUUUGAGGAUCUUCGAAAAUCAGCUGUUCACAAACCAAACAUCGCAGAAUUCUGGGUUGAACAAGGACCUCAAUGCCAUCCGCAUGGCCUCCGUCAACCCCAUCCUAGACCCUUGGUUCUACAUCCUCCUGAAAAAGACAGUGGUUCUCAAAGUGCUGGAGAAGAUCAAGUGUCUGUUCUGUAAAAUGGGUGGCAGGGGACGACGGGGAGGAGGACGCUUUCAUUGUGCAGAUGGUGCCGUCUCCUCCUCCAUGGUCUCAAGGGAUUCCCCAUCACUGGUGACCCGGGAGCCAAUGGAAAGAGUCAGCACCCUACGAACUGUCCUGUACCCAAGUUGUGGGAACAUGAUGGGGAUGGCCUCAUUUCAGGCCAGGUCAGAGGACGGAUCUAGUCCAGCAGCAUCACAGACAUUGCAGUGCACACAGGAGGAAUCGCAGGCUCAGACAGUGCUCCUGCAGAGGGAACUAGAGGACAACAUGGCAUGUACGAUGCCUAAUCACCUUCCUAUUGGCCCUAAGGACACAGCUCUGCCGGUGACCCUCACAGAUAAGACUCCAAACAUGCAGGAAAAAUGCAUAUAACUAUCAGCAUGACCUCAGCAUCAUCAGUGUAUUAUCAAUGUAUUACUCAUCAGUAAUGAUUCCCCACACUUUAAUCCAAUCACAGCAGUUGUAACAUACAAAUCCACAGAAAACAUCAUAGAGGAGCUCUUCAGUUGCACUUUUAAGACUUUUGAACCACUUGCUUGGCCAUCAGGAAUGACGCAAAAUGAUUGUAAAGGAUGAACGUUAAAAUGUGAACACCGUGUUAAAUUAUUUAAAGUAUGAAACUUUAUGUUACUGUCUUCUCUGUGAGAAGGUUUAUAUACUUCUGUGCUAUUAUACAUUUCUAAAAGAUGAAUGCGCUUAUAGUGUGUUUGUGGUUUUUCUUUUUUAACAUCUGGACAUUUGCAAACAGUUUGGUAGUAUUAUAAGCAGAUCUCUGUGACAGCUAAAUGUAUAUUAUUCUCAUACCAAAAGGCAGCUAUACUGUGGUUUUUCUACAGCAAAGACACUAGAAGAUGACAAAAAGACCUUUUAAUGUGAUUUUUCUUCUAUAAACCUAUUUACCUUUUUUUUUACCUUAGUACUAUGAAAUAAUUCUAUGUUAUUUUGGCUUAAUGGAAAGUGCAGUACCUCCCAUCCAAUCGGACUUUGUGGGGAUGUUAAGAGAGGGGAUUAAAACAGAAGACAUCAAGUGUCCUGUCAGGCAAUAUUGUUUUUUGAACACUAUUCUCUUUGUGCUGCUAAAAAACAUCCCUUCAAUACAGGUUCACAUGCACCUGAUUUUCACUGAACAAACCCUAUGUUGUGUAGACAUCUUAAACUGAAAAUAAAAAUGGAUUCUUCAGAA